AUGGGAGAUAGGCUGAAGCAAAUACGAGAAAAGUCCAAACUUCGUCGACAGAUUCUUGCACAGCAGGUUGGUAUUACAUAUUUCGCAUUGUUUCUAGUCGGCAUGGAUAGGGGAAAACUUGCCAUUCGUAGUUGUUUUAUUCUUAUCACGUUCUCUCCGCAGACAGAGACACUCUCUCUCGCAGUCGUUACAUUAUAUAGGGGACCAUUACUCGCCCAGUAAGGGAGAAAAAAACAUAACUGCACGCGAAAAAUGACGAGUUUAAUGCUGGACAACGUGGCGAAUUCAUACUGACGCAAUAUGCAGGGUGCAGAAUGAGAAAGAACGUCACUGAUCAUUACUUUGUUUUUCAGCACACAUUGUAAUUUUCAGGGUUCGCACGCACCUUGAAAGUCCUUGAAUUUUAAAUUAAAUGUUCAAGGCCCUAAAAUUCCUUGAAAAUUGCAGCUAGAGCUGGAAAGUCCUUGAAUUUCAAUGCUAACUUUAUAGUGAACUCCAAAGAGAAAGGAGCAAACACAGAAAAACAUUAGGGAUAAAAUUACUCAUAAAACUGUGAAAGGUUUGAACCCAGGAGUCAUUUCAAUAGGUUGAGUUUGAUCGUCCGGCUGAAUGUAGUCCUGAAUAGGACUGUUGUUGUUGACAGUGACUGACGCUUCGACAACCUGUGCGGUAGUCAUCUUCAGAGUCAAAGUGAGUUGUGUCACGUCAGUUGAUGGUAUUAUACUCUGGUUAUUGAUCUGAUUGGUCAAUUAUGUCGCGAUAUUAUUGGUCGUCUGUCAGCGCGUGAUGUUAUUGGCUAUGAAGACUCGUAAUCAGUAAUUGGUGCGUUUCAAUCCGUCUAUUGUCACAGUUAAACAGUCGUCUAUGGUUAGUCAAAUUGUCAGUUCUCCAGUUGUUCUCUCGUAGUUAGUUUUCUUUGAUCUCGUCAAUAAGUCGUUUGUAAGGCGCUGGUAACUGUUGGCUACGAUUCAGUGGCGUUUGUUCUAAGUUAGUAAACCAGCUUUCUAAAGUAAGAUGUUGAUAGUAGUCUGUAGAAUACGUUAUACAUGUCGCAGAGUCCCAGUCAAUUUGAUGUUUCGUCUUUAAAUGGCGCUCAGCAAUGUGAUUGUUGACGUCACCAUUCCUCGUCGUGCGUUUGUGUUUGGUCAGUCACGUGCUUAGGUUUCUGCCGGUUUCACCAAUGUAAGAAGCCUGGCAGUCGCAGCAUUUGAUCUUGUAUACUGCUCCCUGUCUGUCCUCCGGUUUGUCUUUGUCCUUGACAUUAGUAAGCAGUCGCCGUAAAGUGGUUAUCGGUUUGUGCGCAACACGUAUAUUGUAAGGUUGUAAUAUACGUGCAAUAGUUUCAGAGGUGCCUCUGAUGUACGGUAUAGUCGCUGUCGUAACAGGGCCAGAGUUGGUCUGAGAGUUGGAAUCAGUGUUACUGUGAGUGUUCCGUCUAACAAAGUCCGUGUUGUAAUUGUUCUUACUAAAAACGUUAAGAUAAUCAGUCUCGUCUUGUAGGCUGUCAGGUGAGUCGCAAACUAGUUGCGCUCUUCUCGUCAGAGUCCGGAUAUUAGUAGCCUUGUGAGAGGUCGGGUUGUACGAAGACUGGUCUAGUAAUUGGUCGGUAUGUGUCGGUUUUCUGUAAAUAGUCGUUUUUAGUUUGUUGUUGUCGCGAGUGACCAAGCAGUCUAGAAAAGGUAUCUUACCAUUUUCUUCGAUCUCCUUGAUGAACUGUAUGUCCGCGUUCUGUCUGUUAAGGUGUUCGCGAAAAUCGUCAAUUCCGUCUUUGUGUACGGUGGUGAAUGUGUCGUCAACGUAAUGUAAGUGAUUACUGAUUACGUAGCCUGCAUAGCAGGCGCUUGGAAGUAGCGGGCGAAAGAGAGAACGGGCGCGCGUGAGGGAGACACACAAGGGGUGAGGGUGCGCCUGCACGGAAGGCCCCCGAAAAUUGUUUCAACUCGCACUCUGUGAGUGCGGAUAUUUCCAAUUGGUCGAGAGGCUCCGGAGGGAAAAAUUAACCGCGCGGGGCGAGAAAACUGUCAAUCAAUAGUACAUGGACAACGUAGUGAAGAUCUUGCAUUACACCACUGGGUCCUGAAACCACUAAAUUGUAUACAAUCGAAGUUCAGGUCUCGGAGGUCACUUCAAUCUGGUUUAAUGGGACUAUGUGGCUGUAAUGUCAAAGAAAAGUUGGAGUGUUCAAACGGUAUUCACGAUGGAAAGAAUUGACAUCGGAUACGCAUCAACAGAUGUGGCGAGAGACAAAAGAUUUGUCGAAUCGUUGCAAUGAAGGUCAGAGGAAAUAUUCUUUGCUCAGGAGAACUUGGCGGCUUGUGCUGUCGAUGGAAUGUAUACCAUCAAAACUUGGACACGAUUGAUGAAAUGAAACACUUACCAGGGGCAUGAACUUGAAAAAAACAUUUCACUAUAGUAUUAUUCGCCGUUCGAAGGCGACCUGAGGUCUGUUGUUUAUGUCUCAUUACUGCAGUAAAAAACAUGUCGGUACAGUUUGUGUUCUGAGGUUUAGGUCCACUUAGUAAGACAUGUCUGCUCCAAAAACGGCUGCCAGUUAGCGCAGUAAAAGCAAUAUGGUCAUUUUCCACGUACGCCGUGAUCGUUGGUGUCUGACCAGAACAAUAUUUUUAGUUUUUAUAAUACACAGCAUGUAUUCUUUAAAAGAUACCCAGUUUUUACCUUGUUGUUUCCUAUUUAUUGUGCCAAUGUUAAAAAACGAUUUAAAGCUGUGUGUUAACCAUCAGUUUAUUGCUCCAUCGCUCUAUAAUCAGAUAACCCAGCUGAUCUUUAUAACAGAUAUAUUUAGACCGAAGAUAAAAUGUACAACGCUUUUUGGUGGCUUGCUUUGUUUGUGCGAGGUCAGUCGUUUUCUGUCAAAACUUUUGACAGAUCAUGCAACGGCUGCCAAGUAAUUAGAGAGGGGGUGGGAAACGAUUUUCGGGGGCCUUCCGUGCAGGCGCUUCCUCUCCCCUCGCGUGUCUCCUUCUCGCCCGCCCGUUUUUUCUUGUGCCCACUACUUCCAAGCACCUGCUACGCAGGCUACUGAUUACGAGUCUUCAUAGCCAAUAACAUCACGGCUUAACUGACAGACAACCAAUAACAUUGCGACAUAAUUCACCAAUCAGAUCAAUAACCAGAGUAUAAUACCAUCAACUGACGUGACACAACUCACUUUGACUCUGAAGAUGACUACCGCACAGGUUGUCGAAACGUCAGUCACUGUCAACAACAACAGUCCUAUUCAGGACUACGUUCACGCGGACGAUCAAACUCAACCUAAAAUUACUCAUGUUGUGGAAGAAGUAGAAAAGACAUACAUUUGUAGACUCAGGGCCUCUUCACAUAAGCCUGGUUGACCAGGCUAGCCUGGUUUCCAAGAUUUCACCUUACCCUUUAAAUACUUUGUAAAUUUGCAAUGUGUUCAUAUGAGAGGGCGGGCCAGCUCGGUUCCCGAGAUCUCGCAUGGAAAUGGUGAAUGGGCUGGAAAUUUUACCAUAUGAACACUUCAGCCCAGUGACCGGGAUGAAUGCAGAAUGAAUUCCGGCAGUCUGGAUUGCAUCGUCUUGCAUUGCAUGCUGUAUUUUCCAUGUCAUAAGCAUCCCAUAACAAUUUGUAACUGCAGUGAUACAGCUUUAAGAGUUGCCGAAGCUAUUAUAGGGGCGAAAGUUAAAUUUUUGUGUUUUUCCUUGUUUGCUUUGUUUUUUGAAUUUAGCGCCAGAACUCGUCCCCAGCAUCUUUGGCCUUUUCUCAUCUCAGAAACUGGGCUGAAAUUUCCCAUAUGAACCCAAGGCGGAGUUCGUCCCAGUAACCGGGCCAGCCCAGUCAACUGGGUCCUUGUAAAGAGGCCCUCAAGAAGAGAAGGGAAAUUUUGUAUCUCCAAGUGGCCAUGUAAUGGUCCAGUGUUCCAUUUUUUUAUAUGAAAUAUGAAACCAUUUCACUUUCAUAGUUUUUUGCUGUGAAAGGUGUAAAUUACUAUGUAACAGCCAUAGCAACGGUGAUAUUUUAUGUGUUAAGAUAACAUGUUACUGUAUUUAUUCGAUUAAACACCCCUGCAUUUAUUAAAUUUUCAGCGUUUUGGAUGUCAGUGGCGUUCACUCAAGGCCGACAUUUGUUUCAAAAUCACUUUUGUUAAGUGAUGUUUUCAUACGAAAGCUCACCUGGUAUUUCAUUGGACUUUGUUUGGUCAAGUCGCCUGAGAGUCAUCACACCCAAGGUUGUGUUGCCCGAAACCAGAGUCAUGUUGCCCAAAUUUAUAGUCAUGUCGCCUGAAGAAAUUUUAUUGAGUGUAUAAAAAAAGGAGGCUCUGUCCACAGGGUGGAAAAAAGUGUGUUAUUUUUCGCAAGGAGAGAAGCAACGACCAGAAAUACGUCUGCUGUUCGCAGGCCACUAAUCCCAGUGACAAUAAUUUUUUUUCUUUAAGCUGGGCGCUUCAGGAGGUGAGUCUAUUGGUGACUUGCUGACGAGUAAAGAUGAACAAGAAGUCAAAAAGCUGAAACUGAGUAAAGAGAAAAACACAAUUUCUGAUGAUCAAGUCCAGGGAAGUAAAGAAGCAAACCUACCAGGAAUUCCUGCAGGACCAACUAAGGUUUGUUAAAAAGUAAAAAAAAAAGAGGUUGAUGUGUCCUGAGGGUAGUUUUGGGCCAAUUUUUUGCAGCUGAAUUUUUGUUCGUGAUUAGGGCUAGGAAACAAAGCAGAUUGAAAGUCAACCUAAUAAGGUAAAACCAUAUUAACCUGACCUACAACAUACAGAUUUCUCAAGUGCUAAAUGUUUAACAAAUAGAUUCCAUGUUGCCGUGCGUCUGUUCAGUAAUAGAUCGCAGAUGACGUCAAAAUCUCGUAAAAACAAAGAAGUGGCACACGAGCCGCAGGCGAGGGUGUCACUGUUGUUUUUACCACAUUUUGACGUCCUCUGUGUUCUAUUACUGAACAGACCCACGGCAACAUGGAAUCUAUUUGUUUUAUACAAUGAUCAGAAAAGAAAAAGACCGAUACACAUACCUGCCUUGAACCGCUUGACCUUUUGAGGAUUUGUGCUAGUUUAGGCAUUUUUUAAGUCCCAAACCCAACUUUUCAUCUUAGCUUCUUCUUUAUCUUACUUGUGUACAGUUUCUUCGAAAAGUUUUUCACAGUCUUUUCUUGCUCAAAGAAGAAUAAUAGCGAAAACAUUUUGCAAAACAGCGAGUCUCUCAUAGUGAAGACACACGAUGGCAACUGUUGUGAAGAUUUCUUGUAGUUUAGGCAUUGUCAAGUAGUCAAUAGCUUUUUUGGUCUCCGUUUCUCCAUUUUUCUUCUUUGUAAAUAGCUCCUGCUAAACUUUUUCCGAAGCUUUCACUUGUCUCAAUCCGAAAUAAUCUCACAAACGUUUUCAAAACUGCGUGCCACGUUGAACAAAACAAAGAAAACAAGUUUCCCAUGACGUCAUCCAUGUAUCUGUACUCUAAUAGAUCAUGGGCAACGACCAAUCACAGCGCGCGUAGCAUUCACAUCAUUGUAUAAAUGCAAAUACAUGUACAACACCACCAACAACAACAACGACAACAAUAAUCUUUAUUUUCCUUUUUGUAAGUUCAAAUCUUCAAGUUAAAAAAUGAUAGUCUUUGGUAUUGGCCUGUCAGUUUAUAUCGAACCCCAGGUGGAUUUCACUGGAGAUAGGUGGAACAUUUUCAGUCACACAUUGUCAAAUGGCUGACUAUUAUAUGCAGCUUUCUUUUUUAAACUGCCCAGGUGUCAAAAGGUUGGAUCUGGGAUUUUGUUCUGAACUUUAAAAGAGGGAACUUUAAAUGGUCUUUGAAAUGUCUUCCACAAUAUAGCCCAUGAAAUAAUUAUCACUCUGUCUUCAGGUCCUAAUAUCAGAAGAGAAGAAGGAGAGAAAACAUAACAUCCAGCCUGGUGAUCAAGAUCCAGAAAAAGUAAUUUAUUAACUUGUUGGUUCUGGUUGUGUAGCAAAUAUAUAUAUUGGAUGUACCUCCUUAAUGUAUAAUAGAGAUAAAGAGACUCCUAUAAUUUUUACUUAUUUUACAUUAUUUUUCAAAAGACAAAUUAUUAUUAAUGAGUUUAAAAUGAUUUAUGUUCAAAAGGUAGAAUUAUAAUACACUGCUGUAUCAGCAUUUUACAUUCUUGAGCUGAAUAUGUGAGAUUGUAGACCUCUCUGAUACAACAUGCUGCAAAUAAAGUCCCGUCCCUUACUGGCAGCCCUGCGAUCCAUUAAGGAUUUACAAACUAAAUACAGUUGAUCCUCCAUUAACUUAAGCAGCCACCCGUGAGGUACUGGCAAGUGGUUGGCUGCUCAAUGGAGGCUCGUCAUUCUUUUGAGAGAACUCUCGUUGAGACGGCCAAAAGGUGGCUGCAGCCACUUGAUAGAGAUGGCUGCUUAAUAAAGGAUUCAUUUCCUUUCUUUUCUACAAUUUUUUAUUAUUUCGGGACUUAGGUUUAUACUAGCUGCUUAAUAGAGGGUGGCUGCCUAAUAACUGUAGGUGGCACUUAAUGUAAUAGAGAUUUUGAUGACUGUAUAAAGGUUUUCUGGUUGCUGAAAGUCUUGUUGUCUUCAAGACAGGAGCUAUUUCAUGUUGCUUUUUUAAAUUCCUUGUAUAAAACAUUCUCUUAGUCUGUACUGGUAAGUUUAUUACAUCUUAUUACACUGUGGUUUAGUUGUUCUAGCUGUUUGAGUUUAUUACACAUUUGUUCAGCAGAGAGAGAUCGCUUUUAGUGGUGGAGAUUGAAGUGGGUGAAGUUUGUUUCCAAUCAUUCUUUGUCUGUGAUUUUUUUUCACUAUUUUGCCAGACUAAAGAGGAUUCUGAGGAGGAAGAAGUAGAGGAAGUGGUCUACAAAGAUUCAAGCCAUUUCUUGAAGGUAUUCAUUUUCUACAUGUAUGUGUUACCCAUAUAUAAAAUGUAUAAUUUUUAAUUCAAUAACUUCCAUCACCUGAGAAAGAAAGGGGUCAAAAGUCAAGUUAUUGCGAUAAUCUUCAAGCCUUAUUAUCAUUACACAAACACAUAAGACAAAAGUUAUCAUUUCAAAGCAAAAGCAACAUCAUCUUUCAGAACACUAUUUAUUUAUUACAUUUAUUUUGUGUUUCCACAGGGAACCCAAAGUGCCAACCCACAUAAUGACUACUGCCAGCAUUUUGUUGAUACUGGACAAAGGCCUCAUAAUUUCAUCAGAGAUGUUGGUUAGUAAUUGAAAAAUACAUGUAUGGUGUAAAAUUCUGGUCAUUUCAAGUGCAGUAGUUUGGCUGUAUUGAAACAGAGCAAAAGUGUCCUACUCUGAGAUUAUUUUUGGGAAUUAAUUAGCACAGUAAUGAUGACUGCUGAUAUUUAUUUUGUGGCUCAUCUUUUUGACAGGUCUUGCUGAUAGAUUUGAGGAAUAUCCCAAGCUGAGGGAACUAAUCAGACUCAAGGUAAGACUGUUCACUUAAACAGUGUUGUGAGUUACCUCCCUCUUAUUCCCAAGACUAAUCAAUUACGCAACAUCACUUAAUUUCUUAACAAAAUCCACUAAUGAUCAAAAAAGGUUAUGAGAAUUAAUGAAAUCAACACUAAAGAAAUGCUUUGAUCUUUUAUCAAAUUCUAUCAGCUAAUUCUUUAUGGAAAUGUUCAUGUAUAAAGAUCAGUCUGGAGAUUUUGUUUGUUGAUAUUGGGGCUUCAAGGGUUAUUGCGGGCAUAAACAUCUUUAUUUGUUACAGGGUCAGCAGCGAGCACAGAUUUAAGUUGGACCCUACGGCUGUAGUUGCACAUACAGGGUUGUCAUUAAGAGCCGGGGGCCGGGGAUUUUCCCCGGCUACUAAGAGAGUGGCCCCCGGCUACUUUUAUUGGAAAAUAGAAGAAAAAUAGAACCAAAAGAAACCCCUAGCUGUUUGAUUUCCCCGCCUACUUGUUGUGUUUACCCGGCAACUUGAAAUCUUAGUGACAACCCUGACAUACAUGAGAACCCAUACGAACUAAUAGGCUGGGAUGAUGCAAACAGCUAUAAUUAAGUUUAUGUCAUACCAAUUUGAGUGAAAGAAGCCUCAAGUGCAAGACAGAUCCAUUGCCAUAUUUAUUUUCGCUUUUGUUCACACCAUCAUGUUCAAAUAUUAGGGACCGCCUUGGCUUGUGUAUUGAAUUCUCUUAACUUUUUAAACAUGCUGCAGUUUUCUGAUAACUCUUGUUGCUUCCAUUACAACUUACAUACUAUUAUUACCAUUUUUCUUCACAUUAGUUGCUCUGUACCCUAUCAAUUCAAUGUAUUUAGCUCCACCUUACCAUGUCCGAUCAUAAUAUUAUAUGAAAUUCUUUGAAGACAAAGCCCACUGAAAUUAAUGUUGUUGCACUUUAUGUCAUUGUUUAAGCCCAUUCGCUCCUGAACUACCAAGUCUCUUUUACUGCUUGUGACAUCAUCAGUUUUAACGGUCAAGGACAUCUUUGUCAGCUACAUGUAACUUGUGCAGGGUGAAGAGAUCUUUCAACCCAUACCGGAAAGAGCACAAUUCAAGCAAGUUGGGGGGAGGGGGGGAGGAGAAAAAGGCAAAAAACCGUUUAACAUUGACCUGAAAAUUCCCAUAAAAAUUCCACGACUCACCCACCUUUUCCUUCAUCUAAUUCUAAGAUCUUAAAAGCUUUCACAAAAAUUAAUACUUUUCCCACCAAAAAGAAGACUGUCAAAUGCACAGCAGAAGAUGAAAAAUUUUGCAAGAAAAAUGGAAGAUGAUGGGAGGAGAGAACGCGAAAAGAAAGAUCCAAGACUGAUGUCCGUGUCUCUUUUAAAGCCAAAAACUAUUUUGAAAUUUUGCUUUCUGCACAUGCCUGAACUUUGGAGGCUAAAACAAUGUAUUUUGCAUCUGAAUCAGAAGGCCAGGAAGUGUACGACCUGUAAAUGGCUUUGUGUUAAGUUUUAACUCUUUAAUGCCAGAGAGUGGCCAGAAAAUGUCUCGACUAGCUUCAAAACACGUUUUUCAGCAAAAUAACCACGGGAGCAAAUGGGUUUAUCUUCUUCUAACCAUUCAAAAAACGUGUCUAAUGAAGAUUUUAUUUUAGGAUGAAAUCAUUGCUGAACGUGCUACUCCUCCUAUGUAAGUAACCCUCAAACAAAUUCAGCCAUAACCUUCAAGCAUGCCACUGUUACUUGGCAAUAAUUUAUAUUUAUAGUUUCAUGUAAAUCUUAAUUUUAAUAUAGGAUGCUGGAAGAGUGUCGUCAUAACCAUGAGUUAGGGUGUUGAGAUUCUUUAGUGUACCAAGCUUGGUUUAACAGUCUUUGGGAAAAAAUGAGGAAGAAUGUAUUUUUUUUAGAAAAUGAUUUUAAAAAGGCAAAUUAAUUUUGUUGUAUUAUCUAAUAGGCACAGGCCUACCUAGUGUGGGUGGGCAUGAACAUAACUUACAGGUCUUCACUUCUUCCCCUUUAAUAUUGAUUUUACAGACAUUUAUGGGAGUUUAUGACCAAGCAAACCUGUAAAACCAACUUUGGGGGGAGAAGGGGGAAGCGAUCAAGUUUUUGUGAACCUCUUAGAUUAUCUUGCUUUUUCCGGAAGUGUUUCAACAAAAUAGUUAUUAUCGGUGAUUGUAGUACAAAAAACAAUGCCAACUUUCAAUUGUGAACUGGGCUCCAUAUUUGUAUUCAGGUACCUUGAUUGUGAUCUUCAUUUGUUUGAUCUUGAUGAGCUUGAAUGUAAGUUUGAUGUGGUGUAUAUUGACCCUCCCCUGGAGGAGUAUCAGCGCCGUGCAUCUGGUACCACCUUUAACUGGAAACCUUGGACUUGGGAUGAGGUUUGUCGAUUGUUGUUUUUUUGCCACUCCAGUGUUUUUAGCCCAGAGGAAAAAAAACCCAGGAGGCACAUUAAUAUUUCACGCUUUUAUAUGUUACAGGCCAAAAUUAAAAUCAGGUUAAAUUUUUUAACCUAGAUUGAUUUUCUGUUUCCUUUGUCUCAGCUCUAAUUAUUUAUGAAUUAGAGCUACGAGACAAAGGAAAUAGAAAAUCAACCUAGGUUAAUAUAUUUUAACCUGUAACAUAUACUUUUUUACUUAUGGAAUUAAAGAAAACAUAGGGGAAAACUAUAUUGGCCAGGGUUCGUACAGAGUCUUGAAUUCUUGAAAAAGUCUUGACAUUUCCAAAGCAAUUUUCCAGAACUCGAAAAAGGCUGGGAAAUAAAGAUUAAGUCUGGAACAGUGGUAGAAAGUCUGGAGUUUUUUUUAAGGUACAUGUACAACAAGUGCUAGUCUGCUACACAGCUGUUUUUAGUGUCGUCACGCAACGCUCCUCCCCACUAAAAACGGCUGUGUAGCAGACUAAACAAGUGCUUAAUAAGAGAAUUUUUCCCCGUGGUCAAAUUCUACCCCUGUGGCCAAGACAUUUAAUCACAGAAUGAGAAGUUUCAUAACUCUCUUACGUCCGCAUUGCUAAGUUUAGGAAGGAAACCGCGACUACCAGGACAAUAGGCAUGUCUGUUGUUAAGAGUAUGGGACGUCAACCGCCGCCUGGGGAGGUGAGAAGGGUGAAACUUCGAAGUCAUUUCCACUAAAGUUCUCCGUUGAACUGGCGAAGCCGCCGGCGGGAAAAAACCAUGCAAUUCUAAGCGAGAGCCACGAUGCCAUGUCACUAGCGCACAGGCUCAACUGGAGGGAAUUUAAACGAGUUUCUUAUUUCCCACGUCACGGGUUAUUUGUGUAUGCAGUGAGAAUAGUGACAGCGUGGUCUCUAAUAUUGCAGCUUUCUAUUAAUCCAUUAAUAAUCUCAUGACCUUUUUUCAACUUAUUAUUUUCACUAAAAAGAUAGCCAAACACACUUGGCCUUUUUGUUUGAAAUUGAUGGUUUGUGUAUUUUGUAGAUAAUGAAACUUGAAGUAGAAAAGGUUGCAGCACAACGCUCAUUCCUCUUUCUUUGGUGUGGCUCCCACGAAGGACUGAAUGAAGGCAGAAAGGUAAAACGACUGAACUUUUGCUUGAAACAUCAACUUUUCCUUCCCCCGAUCAACUUUAUCAAGUCAGUUUAUAAUAUAUAGAUUUUUCCACUUCCAAGGGCGAAGCUCCCGUUAACGAAUUUUUAUAAUUUCCUUCAAACAAUAAACUUGUAACCAUUACAGAGAAACCCUCUUAGAGGUCAACCUGCGAUUAGUUGAAAACAAGUUACUUGUCAGGGGAUAACUUUUAAAAAAACGUAACCGCGAUGGGUCAACACCUGAGCCAGCGAGACUGUCAUGUGAUACUGGUCAGUGAAUACCCUGUUUUGACAGCUGUCAGCUGAUCACAACAUGGAUGUGCAAUAUCACGUUGCAAGCUCCCACACUAGCUAGAAAAUCUGACAUCAUAUCACCUUGGUGACCCUGUGGUGCGGGCGGAAGGGCUUAUAGGUCAGGUGAUUACCAAAGUUUCUUGGAUGGAUAGAUAACCACUCCUGCUCUAACAUGGUGUCCAUGAAAUAUUAAUGGGCUUUUACUUAAAAAGCAGUUCUGUCACAAACGUGGAUUCAAUUUUACUCCCUGCCCUGGGUUAAUGUUAACAGGCUUUCGAAAAACGGGGGCCCCCGCCAUACCAAAGAAUUUUCAGUACAGUUUUUUGUCAGGCUUUGUUAUCUUAUUGUUUUUAGCAGUAAACGCCCUCUCACUCUGCUUGAAACCCUCCAAGAGUAAGAAAGCUUCCUUUAUACCUCUACGCUAAAGCAAAGGAAGUGCUCCCCACAAUUUAUUUUUCUUCUUUUCAACUAGUGCCUAAGAAAGUGGGGAUUCCGUCGUUGCGAGGACAUUUGCUGGAUCAAAACAAACAAAACCAAUCCUGGAAACACCAAAUACCUUGAACCUGAUGCUAUAUUUCAACACACUAAGGAGCACUGUUUGAUGGGAAUCAAAGGAACCGUUAGGAGAAGCACUGACGGAGACUUCAUCCACGCCAACGUUGAUAUUGACCUUGUUAUUACGGAAGAGGUACAUUGCACAGUUCACGAGUGAAUAGUUCUUAUGGCCCGGCCACUAAUUACUAGAGAUAAUUGUAGAGUUCCUUAGAGGGCCUAUGUCACGCUAUACCCUGUCUUUAAAGAGCUAAAAUGCGUCUUCACAUCAAUUGAAUUCCAAAAAUACUUGUCCAAUUUUGUUAUUUAGACUAUAUUUAGGUAUUCAAACUGUUUCCUGUCGUCUGUUGCAACAAAUGGCAAGGAUGGACAUGGAUUGAAACUUGCUAAAGUUGGGCUAACUUUUUCAAGCUUUAAUGCUAUGCCUGCAAAAUAAUUAUUAUGGUCAGUGUUCCCUGAUAAAAUUUGUUUGAUAUCUUUUGUAUAAUUCUACAGGAGCAUUUUGGGUUUGUGGGUAAGUUAUUCGAAUGCGCGUUGCAACGUGGCAGUGAAAUAUUCACUAGUCAAGUGUAGAUCCGCCCUCUUUUCGUUCACGCUUCAUCGCGAUUAUCUAAUCAUCUGGGUCGUCUCGAGCGCUUCGAUUGAGAGCAUCCGGACGAUUAUUGAGGAACCGGGCCGUAUAAAGACUUAUCGUCAAUCUAGGGGAUUGUCAUGAUACCACAAUACCCUUCCUACCCAGGCGCUUCCGGGGAUUUUCGGAAACGUAGAGGCGCAAGUGGUUAUGGGAAUUUUUUGGUGUAAAGCGAGAAGGAUCAUGGAUAAGCUUCAAAAGCGCAAAGGCACAUGAGAAGGCUCAACGUAAAAGGCGAAAUAGCGCCUCCCAUUUUCACCCUUCGCCUAACCAUGUGUACCGCGACUACUGCCGAAAAUUCCAGCAUCGCAUGUAGGGUGUUUCAAGACACAACUCGACUGAUGAGGCUAUCCAGACGAUUAUGCGGAUUAUACUUCCACAGGAGAAAUUUCUGCAAUUUGAUUGGCUUAGAGCAGUGGUAUGUCAGCCUAAUUUGAAAUACCUACAUGUGAAAAUGACAAACCUUUUGCGGGUAGUAGUAUAAACAAAUAAUAGCAUGAUUUGUACGUGAUAUUUGGCAUAAAUACCACUCAUGAUAUUUCAAAAUUGUCUCAAUUUACGCAUAACAAGUUUGAAACAUCACUCGUGGUAUUUAUGCCAAAUUUCACUACAAAUCAUGCUAUUACCUAUACUAACAGGCUUUUUGGGGCCGCACCCCAAACAAACCAGUUUGUUUCCAUUCUCCACACAACGAAAUAAGAGAGAAUGUCACCUAGUAGUUGUGCGAAGGAGGGCACAGUGUUGGUGCACGUGCAGAGUUGUUGCUCACUAGACCUCCUUUUUUAACUACUUUCUUGUUGCCGUCGCCGUCGCCGUCGCCGUCGUCAUUGCUCAACCUCCCUUUAAGACUGGUCUCGAUAUGAUCACUACGAUCUUAGGCCAACGUUCUUAAAGAUAGAAGCGAUCAUAUAAAAGCUAGCCUUUUGGGACCUUUAUGUUAGUCGUCCUGACCGUGAAAAGGAUCGCGCCAAGUAGAAUCAUGUUUGGUAUGGUAAAAGCAAAUUUCAGCUACCAGGCUGAUUUAGCAACAGGACGGGAACGUCAGUUGACGACGGGAAAGCGCGCAGAAAGGACUAAACACGACUUCCGGUUUUCAAGUUACCGCUCUGCCAUUGGUCAAGCCAGUUGUUUGAUUUGCGCGCGCCGUCGUCAACUGACGUUCCCGUUCUCUUGGUAAAUCAGCCUACUAUGAGUCGACCAAUUGAACUGUUGAGUACGCGAGGAACUUGAAAAGAGCUGUUAUCGAGGGUAUGAAUCUUACCGUAACUUUUAUGGUACUGGAGACUGUUAUUAGAACAGCAAGGCUUUGUGAACUGUGCUACUUGAUUUCGUAAACAAAAUAAUUCUGGAGAAAAUCAAUGAGGAAUAAUACAUUAAAUACUUAUAACAAUUACGUUGCUCUUUUUGCCGAUUUUUAGCCACCUCUUGGGAGUACAGAAAAACCGACUGAAAUAUUCCAUAUAAUGGAACACUUCUGUCUUGGGCGGCGCCGGCUUCAUUUGUUUGGUAGCGAUGACACUUUAAGACCAGGUAACAUUUAUCAGGUGUUCUGGUAAUUUUUUCUUUUAAUUUAUAGAAAAUGGUAGGACUAUGUACAAGCAAAAUGUACAAGUAUUUUGAUACUGGAAUAUAAUCUAUGAGCCAGAGAGGAGGACAAAGGUUCAUAUCUGCGUAACUAGGCAUUCGAUAAUCAAAGAAAGGGUACUUUGACCUACUACUAACUUAUAAUUCAAAUUAAAGUGAAAGUAAAAUAGGGAAAAAAAAACAUGCAAUUUUCAAAGAGAACUAAGGACUAAACAUAAGAGCAAUAACCACAGAUAAAACAUGACGAAAUUGUACGUUUUUUUAAGAAUUAGUUCCGGAGGGAACACUUAGGAAACCGAAGACUGACAAACGUUUUGUUUCCAGCCUCUCGGAAAGAAUUUCCGGUUCAUUGAAAAUCAUUUCUCACCUUUAAAUUAUAUUUUUUUGUCUUUUUAAAGGCUGGCUGUCAGUUGGACCAAGUCUAACAAGUUCAAACUUUUCCGCUGAUUUGUACAACUCCUACUUUUCCAGCGGGCCUGAAGACCUUCUUGUCGGCUGCACACAAGAAAUUGAGACUCUGCGGCCUAAAUCCCCCACGGGAAAACAUAAAGGAGACGGAGGGGGACGCGGAGGUGGAAAUGCCCCAAACCGGGGGGGACCUGGUCCCAGGGCUCGGGGAGGGGUCCGUGGGGGAAUGAUGCGAGGCGUAGGUUUUCAAGGGAGUGGGGGAAGAGGUUUUGUAAGCUUUUCCGUUAGGUAGUCAGCAAUAUUGUUGUAAAUGCGCGAAUUAAUUUAGCAACACUGUUGUUCUAUAAAUGUGCCGUCACUUUCAUCACCGCCUUUAAUCACUAAGAUUUUAUCCUUUAUAGAACGAGCUAGCAAAGGAAAGUUUUCUAGUGUCCAAAGGGAAGCUAUAAACACGAACCGCCAAUGCCCUUUUCGCUAGUCAAAGCAACGUGAAACAAUUUCUUUUAUUUGUGUUGCCUGAAGCCCUUUUUCUUGUUUACUUUCUGUGCUAGAUUAGACUCCGUUUGAUCUUCAAUAAGAUAAAUAUGAAAAGUGAGUUUUUGCGGUUAAAGCAAAGUUGGCUCAGGGUCCAUUAUAGCAAUCUCGAGACGAUCUCGACUCAUACCAUACCGAACCAUAGCUUACAUUAUGCCUUUUUGGCAGCAGUUUUAUAAUUUAUUUCAUUCAUUUUACAUAAUCGAAUGUUCCUUUUUCGGGAUCAAAGGCCUCUGGGAAGGUACCAUGAGGCGCUGUUUUUAUCAUACAGCCAUCAUUGAAUUUGAUGCGGCUCAGAAAGUAGGUGUCCGAACAGGACCUUUGGACGCGCAACACCUAAAGCUUUAAUAAAAAUUCUUUUCAACGUGCAUGAGAUAAACAGGUGAAGGGGACAGGGGGUGGGAACCCGGGAGAAUAGAGGGCGCGUGGG